AUGAGGUCACCUUAUGAUAUUGUUGUCAAUGAUGUUAUUCUUAGGCUAUGGAGGCUGGUGGUAUGGUUAAUUGCAGAAACACUGUGGCAGCUGGUGGUAUGGUUAAUUUCAACUACACUUGUCACUCCCCUUCUUUAUCUGCUUAUCUUCCCAAUAUACUAUCAAUGGCAAAAGUCAGCUAGAGCUCAACGUCUCAGUCAAUACUUGACUCAUAUACUCUUGUCGAAACAUUUGAUUGUCCCCAUUGAAAGAUGCUGCUAUCAUAGUUUGUAUGGAAUGAAAACUGGUUUAUUAAAGUUGAAGUGUCCAACUGAACAUGAGUUCAAUACAUUUUUUGAUUUGCCAGAUGAACUGAUGACUCAAAUUGCCUUCAUUACAGAUGUCAAUAUUUCGCAUCUACUGCAGUUAAAUAAGAAAUGUGUUUUUGCUUUCGGUCCAAUUCUAUAUCAAAAAGUUCAUUUUUCUAUUCCUGUUAUUUCAACAGAGGUGUUGACCACCGCCGGGCAUAUUAGACUUCGUUCGCCCCAAAAUACUACUGGAGCAAAACUCAGAGUCAACGCUUACUUGAGAAAUACAACACAGUUUAGUUCUACCACCAACCAACUAGGUAUCCUUGGUCAGAAGUAUCAGUUGCUUCAGAGAAACAAAAAAGCGGAUAACCAUGAUUUUAUGGGUUUCUUUUCUUCUUCAAAAAGGAAACCAUACAAAAGGACGCUCAAGGAUAGGAUGACACAUGUAUGGGAUCAUGAUCUUAUGAUUGAAAUAUGUAACAAUGUUAUGAGCAAUGAAAAAUCAAUCAUGAGGCAAUUCAUUCGUCAAUUCUUCGUUGAUAUUCGUAUAUUUAGUGGGGUUUAUGACCCCAGUUACAGUAUCUCUAGAAACCCUGGGAUCACUUUGAUCAAAACAAGGAAGCAAGGGGAAAUCAAGAGCACACAUUCUGCAACACAGUCUGCGACAUAUACAGAUAUUAUCUUCAAGAAAGAUUUGUCAAACUUAGAGUCUGCUAACUCAUCAGCCAAUGAACACGGAUCCUAUAAAGCUCUGAUUGAACCUUGCUUAAACCUUUGCAAGAACAAGGAACUACUCGUCAGUUCUUUUUAUGACAUGCUAAUAUUUCAGGGUCAAGAGACACUAGUUGCAGACGUCAAGCAUUCAAAUAUUGAUCCACCCCAUCUCGUUUUGUUAACGACUGAUUCUUUUGAAAUCCUGAGGGUGUUGUACAAUAUUGGUUAUUCCUUCCUUGGUGAUGAGAAUGAUUUGAAUCUUUAUGACGAACAAGGGUAUUUCUCAAGCACAUUUGGGGAGCAUAGUAUCGAUAUUAAAAAUUUGAAUAGUCUUGAUGAGCCAGACUUUUAUAUGGGCUCUGAAGUUUGUGAUUUGAUUGAAAUGGUAUCGAAUGCUGCUUUGAGCAUCGAUGAAACCCCUGCUCGUCGCUCAUCCUACAUGGGAUUUUCCCAUGAGACUCUUUGUCUAUACGAAACUUGGUAUGAGUAUAACCGUACUGUAGCAAGUCGUGAACCUUUCACAAUUGAACAUCAAAUCAAGAUUUUUGUAAUUAAAGAUGAUGGACCAUAA